CCCUUUUCGCUCCCGUUCGGUUCUCCCUCCCUCCCUCCGUCCGCUGCAAAGCGAAGCAAAGCUUCCAGAAAGAAGGGAAAGGGGAAGGAACCAAGCCUCGCCUCGAGUCCCUCCAAAUGCUUUGAUCUCCGUUGCUGGGCUUUCCCGAUCUCUUCUCUUUUCCAUGGCGCGCGUCCUCCCCCUCAGCAUCGAGGCAGGGGAGAUGGCCAGAGGCGAAGAGGGGGUGACAGACAUGCCAAGUUCUUCAGCUGGGGUAUCAUGCAUGGGGAUUGAGCAUUCUGAGCAAAACACAAAGGAUGAUGAAUAUGCGAGGCUGGUCACACCAGCUCAACAUGCAACAUCUGAUGUUAAUGCAGCAACUUUACCUGGGCAACCAAAGUCAAGAUCCUUCAUUUGGUGGAUGAAAGUUCUGCUUGGCUGCUUCCUUCUUAUAUUAGUGGGUUUCGUCUUUGUGAAAUGGGGGAUCCCCUUUGCCUUUGAGAAGGUUCUAUUGCCAAUCAUGCAAUGGGAAGCAAGUGCUUUUGGGCGUCCAGUAUUGGCUGCUGUGCUCAUUGCAUCUUUGGCUCUCUUUCCAGUUAUUCUAGUCCCUUCUGGACCUUCUAUGUGGUUAGCAGGAAUGAUCUUUGGUUAUGGUUGGGGUUUCUUGAUUAUUAUGGUUGGGACUAGUAUUGGCAUGGUGGUACCGUAUUGGAUUGGCUCAUUGUUCCGCGAACGUCUACAUGCAUGGCUGACAAAGUGGCCUCAGCAAAUAGCACUAAUAAAACUUGCGGGUGAAGGGAAUUGGUUCCAGCAGUUUCGAGUUGUUGCGCUUUUCAGAAUCUCGCCAUUCCCAUAUACAAUAUUUAACUAUGCCGUAACUGUGACAGAAAUUAAGUUCAACCCUUAUCUGUGUGGUUCAGUUGCGGGAAUGGUACCUGAGGCAUUCAUCUAUAUCUACAGUGGGCGGUUAAUACAUACACUGGCAGACAUGAAGUAUGGAAACUAUAAGAUGACACCGGUGGAGAUAACGUACAACAUCAUCUCCUUCAUCGUUACUAUCACCCUCACAGUCGCCUUCACAGUGUAUGCCAAGAGAGCUCUGAAUGACAUAAAAAGGACAGAAGGUAUCUGUAAAGAAGUUCGCAGCCCUACUGGCUCGGGUGCGCUUAAGAAACGUCACCAGGAGCGUGCCGAUUCACAUUCCGUAGAAGUAGAUGUUGUAUAAUGGUACAUCCACCGGGAGAGUAGAUACGAUUGCUUGAGACGAGCCAAGUAGGCGGUAGGGUACACUAGGGUCACUAGGCUACGAUAGCAGGUGAAUAGUGUGCGUCCAGCUGAUGUGGUUUACUUGAUUCACUUCGUGUACUUGUCUGCACGGCCAUACUUGAAUACACAGAUGCAGUGUACUGACCGAGCUUUGCGGCUAUCAGCAAUGUAGUUGUUUCAGAUACUUGAUGUUA